AUGGCGGCCGGUGACGACGAUGCCACUGCUACCACCGAUGAAAGAAGCCUCUGCAAAACCAAAGAGUCAGGAGAUUCGAGUGAGGGUGUAAAAGUAGACUCAAUCAGCUCUAUGCUAGAUGAGAUCCUCCAACAUAUCCUCUCCUUAAUGCCGACCAGAUCUGCCAUCAGGACUUCCGUCUUGUCCAAACGAUGGAGGCAUGUAUGGUCCGGUACACCUUCUCUCUACUUCCAUAAAGACGACAGACCUGAUGCUAAUUCGAUAAACGAAACCCUAGCUCGCUAUAAAGCUCCUAAGAUGAUGAGUUUCCGUAUCUUGUUAAACAAGGUUGAUGAUCUUGUUCACAUGGACGGUUGGAUCAAGUUCGCUUUUUCCAGAAACGUUGAGAAACUGCUGCUGUAUUUAGAACGGGAUGGCUAUAAGUAUAACAUCCCUGAGUUCUUCUACGUCAACUCCUCUGUCAAGCAACUCUCUAUUAAUUCAGUCUAUUCUUUUAAAAUGAUACCCGAAUGCUCUGUGUCGUGGAAAUCCCUAAAGAAGCUGUCAUUGAAUCGUUGCAACCUCUCUGAUGAAUCCAUUGCUAAUAUCCUAUCUGGUUGUCCCAUUCUCGGAUCUUUAAUGUUGGAUUUUUGCAAGGAAUUGAAGGUUCUUGAUCUCAGCCGAUCACCGCGUCUGCGAACAUUAGCAGUUUAUAACGACAGUUCUACUCCGGGGCCAACGAAGAUUGUGGCACCACAUAUCCAUUGCCUCAGAUUGAGAACCUCUCCGUUACUAUGUGAUUUAGUUGAUGUCUUGUCUUUGACCGAAGCUAAACUAGACAUUAGCUAUAAAUCCCAACUUGAUAAACUGAACGCUGAUUUGCUUCAUACCAUGGUGAUAGAGAUACUAGAGAAGUGCUGUCGGAAUGUAGAGAAGUUUACUUUUGGGGAAAGCUAUCUUAAGGUAUGUUCUCGGGUGUUCAAGUAA